GUUGUCGAUUGUGCCACGUUUUAUUUUGAUGCUGCAAAGCGGAACAGAUGUUUGCUUUAACCGCUUCCACUUAGUUUGCUGGCUGGGUACCGAUAGUCAGUGCACCUUGUCGCGUCUCUCACCGGCCGUGGGUCCCCCCAGCGCCGCUGAAGAGGACUCUGAUGCGCCGCGACUGGACUGAGGCAGAGUGGCCGGACCCGACGCGUCUUCCCCGCCAGGUCUCUGGAGCACUGAAGGCUCCACAGCCGGAUUCCAGCAGCUUCCCUUUAUUUGCCAAGGUGAGGAAGAGCAGGAGGAGGCGGAGAGGAGAGAGACAGACAGCAGCACUACCUUGGCGCAUUGGAGUUUAUGGAUUAUUGAGAAACGCGGAUCAAAUAUUCAUAAGGAUUUUUUAAAAAAAUAAAAAACAACAGAAAAACGCAGAGUGAGAUAGUGAGGGAGAUUCCCCGGAGUGAUUCACCUGCAGCUCAAGAAAACACCGACCCCGGAGCGCAGGAGCACCGCUGAUUUUUCCUCCAGCGUGUGCGCUCAGCGUGUUGGAGUGCGCGUUUGGAAAGGAGCCCCCCUUGCUGCGGUACUUUCCCUCCGCACGGACGGAGCGAUGCCACCGAGUUGCUGACGGACACCCGGCAGGCUCUCCGCACCCCUCCUCCUCCUCCCCUCCUCGUGCACGGACGGACGCGUCGACCCCCUGCGAUCCCCACUAAUAUGCAAUGGUUUUUUGUGCAGAAGCAGACAGCCGCCGCGUACAGCCGACUCCACGCUAGCGCCGCCGCAUGCCUGACCGUCGCUGCCGCUCCUCUCCCCGCGCCGCGCGGCAGACGACGCCAUCUGAACAGGAGCGCUCGGGGGCUUUUCGCGCCGCGGCGGCCGGGCGGCGGCAGCAGCAGCAGCAGCAGCAGCAGCAGCAGCGACCCCUCCUCCGCAGCUGAGGACCACCGGCCGCUGGGGCAGCGGGAGACGGGGACCGGGGAGACAACCGCCGCAGCGGUCGCAGUUUUCCAGCCGCACGGGGGCGACGUCGACGCGGAAUUCGUGCGGCUGGUGGUCGCCGAGCUUGCGGGGAAAGCCGGCGAGGAGCCGGGCUUCCUGCUCUUACUUUUGUCUAUGGUGCAGAUCGGGGGGACUGAGCCCGACAGCUGGCCGGUUCUGCUGGCAUGCAAACAGGGGGGUGCAUCAGCCCCCAUGCGGUGGGUGAAUUUUAGGCUGCCGCAUCCGGAGCGCCUCUCCUUCUCUUCCUCCUCUAGCCCCUCUUCGUCUUCCUCCUCCUCCUCCUCCUCCUCCCCCGUCUCGGCCAAAUCCAUGCGGUUUAUUUGGAACAACAUUUUCAGCAAAGGAUCGCAUAUGCUGCAGUGUCUUUGUGGCAAGAGCCUCAAGAAAACCAAGAACCCAACUGAACCACAGCUGAAGGGCAUAGUGACCAGGUUGUUCUGCAGGCAAGGCUUCUAUCUCCAGAUGGGCCAGGAUGGAAGUCUAGACGGGACCAAAGAUGACAGCACCAAUUCCUCUCUGUUUAACCUAAUUCCGGUGGGUCUGAGAGUCGUGGCCAUCCAAUCAGUCAAGACCGGUCUCUACAUUGCCAUGAACGGAGAGGGUCACCUUUACUCCUCGGAGCUGUUUACGCCUGAAUGCAAGUUUAAAGAGUCGGUGUUUGAGAACUACUACGUGAUCUACAGCUCCAUGCUCUACAGGCAGAAGGAGUCGGGCCGAGCCUGGUUUCUGGGCCUCAAUAAAGAGGGGCAGAUCAUGAAGGGCAACAGGGUGAAGAAGACGAAACCAGCGGCACACUUCCUACCCAAGCCCAUAGAAGUCGCGAUGUACCGUGAGCCGUCAUUGCACGAUGUAGGAGAGGCGGUGCCUAAACUCGCAGGGGGCCCGCCUUCCAAAAGCACAACCUGUGAGCCCGUGGUCAUGAACGGCGGCAAACCAGUCAGCAAACCCAGUAAGGAGGAGACAUAACCCCACCUCUCAGUUUUAGCCUACCCCCCCUACCCCCCCCCACCCGCCCGGCCCGGCUGACUGGAAGCCAGGAAGGACUACAGACUUGCCCUGCUGCUGCGCUCUCAAAAAAACUAACAAAAAAAACCCACAACUGCUAGAAAAGGUAAUGAUACAGACAAAGAGCGAUAAGCUCUGAGGGGACGGCGAUGGGGGCUGGACGUCCUGCCUCACCUGUGGGGCGGCGCUCCUGUUGGCGGCGGGGAACGAAGAACGGCGGGUCAGGCUGCUGAACUGGGCGAACUGGGACAGUGACGUACGUUCUCAGACUGAGGACAUCUGAAUAAUCUCAACAACGCUCCAUCCUCACGUGCUUAUUUCUUUUUUUUCUUUUUUUUUUUAGCGAGGCUCCCGCUCUCCCACCGCUGGUAGUUUUCCGUUGCUCGCUCGCUCGCUCCGGGCCGCAGACACACAUCCACACGAGCGCCACUCCACCCCACUCCAAAUCGACCGCUUGGACUCGAUCUUUAAGUACAUUAAAAGCAUCAGCAAACACCGAAGGAAGAGGGGUUUUAAAUACCAAACGGUGGUGAUUCAGGGGAAGCUUAGUCAUCAAUCAAUUAGGAUCUGGAACAGGAUGUUCUGUGCUCAAACUACAUGAAAAUGCAUCAGGAAACGGCACGUCACACGUACGGUCUGACCUCUCCCUCGCCAUACGUCGCAUCAAGGAGAAGCUGGCGCGAAUACACAGCUCAGAGAAGAUGAAUUAGGUCCGAUUUAUAACGAAUUCCCAAUUUGUAGCAACAAGGAGUGUAUGUGAAGUUUGCAGGUGCUGCAGCACCUCGGUAGCAGUCCGUGUUUACAUAGGGUAGCAGAUUCAGAUUGACGACACGAUCAGCCACGAGGACCUUUGUAGGGUUUUUUUUUUUUUUCCUUUUCUCGUUGCCUUCCCAAAUACUUGAAAACAAAAGAAGAAACAGGGUAUUAGAGCGUGGCUAGAGCCUCUGCACCAAACUGGGACCAUUGUAAUCCAGGUAUACAGUCCAGGAUUUUUAGAGUAUAAAUAAAUGCGACUAAUUUAGAGGACCUAAAGUGUUAUAAGCUGAUACCUGUGAAGUAGCAUUUAUAAGAUGAUCUCAGACUGUUACCAGUGAGUCGGGUUUUUGGCGUAAAAACCACUUUAAACUGGGCGUACGUUCUCCUUUUAGCCCAGUUUUUCUGAUUGUUUUAAGGUGCUUGUCACGUCGCCCCUUUUGCCGUUUUCUACCUUUGUUUCAUACCGACUUUAUCUGUCAUAAAUAUUGCUCUGUCUGCCGCAGGAUGCUUCAAACCUACCUUUAAUAUGUCGCGUAAUUCCCUUAUGCCUGCAUAAACUUCACGUUUAGUUCAAUAUUUACAAUUAAAGCUCAAAAUUAAAAAUCAAAUGUAAAAAUGUUUAUAAUUCUUCAUUCAUGCCCCUAUAUUCAUCUUGAAUUUGUGGUUUCAAGUCAGAGGCUUCCCCAGAUGUUUAGCUUCAUAUUUACAUAAAAUAACAUUAUUUUGAAUUUGAAAAUUGAUGAAGUGUUUAAUUUUUCAUUAAUACUUUUAUAAUCAUCUAUUUUCUAGCUUCUUUGGUUAGAGGCUUCUACAGACAUUUAGCCAGUAACAAAAGAAACAACAACACAAUUUUAAACUAAACGAUGAAAAAGUAUAAAUAGAAAAUCAGUAAACAUACUUCUUGAGUUUUAAAUAUUUAGAAUAGUUAAAUUAAAAACUAAAUUUUAAAAUGAAGCAGGUUAAAUUUAUCUGUAGUUUGUUACUUCACUCUCCUUCAGAUGUUUAGGUACCAUUUAAAAUAGAUACACAAUAUUAAAUUCAAUAAUUGAACACGUCGUUAAUUGUACUUCUUUAUUCAGAGGCUUCUUUAAGCCAUUUAAUAUGUUCAUAUUAUACGAAAAAUGCAAUAUUAGAUCUAAAAUGAGUCUUUAAUUUUUCUUCAAUAGUUUAAUUGGUGCUUCAUCAGUUAGUGGUUGUUAUAAAUUAGCUUUUUUAAAUC